UUAUAUUUUAUCAGUAAAAGAACCCUUUGAUAUCCAGUCUCUCCGUCUGCUCUUUCUUUCUCACUCUAGGGCUCUUUCUGUCCGCUCUCCUCAGUCCUCACUCACCUUGGCUCCAAAAUAUGGGGAAAACCAGAUCUGGAAAACGCAAGGCCAAGGUGGUCGAAGAGCCUGAGCCGUCUGACUCCUCUGAUAUGGCCGAGAUGGAGAGCCAGCCUAUCGCUUUGGUAAUCUCCGAACCCAAGAGGACGAAGCGGAACGAUGCUGAUUCCGAUGCUUCCUUUCUCGGAAAGCCUUUUCCCCAACACGAAGCCGCCCAACGAUGGCCCAAACGUUACGAGCCAAAGGGUAAGGUGAAGAAGGGGGAGCUAUCUGGGGAAAAGAAAGAGAGUGGGACGAAAGAGGAGGAAGUCACGCAAGCAAAAUUUCAUUAUAGUCAAGCUUUGGUAGAUGGGGUUGUCUUUGAUCUUAAUGAUGAUGCUUAUGUUAAGGCUGAAGAUGAUAAGCCUGAUUACAUUGCCAGAAUUAUUGAGUUUUUUGAAGCUGUUGAUGGUGGACUCUAUUUUACUGCCCAGUGGUUCUAUAGGGCUGAAGACACAGCAAUUAAGGAUCUUAGGGACCACUCACACAUUCUUGAUAAAAGAAGGGUUUUUAUGUCGGAGAUAAAGGAUGACAACCCCUUGGAUUGCAUUGUUUCUAAAGUGACAAUUGCCAAAGUAUCUCCCAAUCUGGAUUUGCUUGCAAAGGAGAAAGCUUUACCCCCUUGUGAUCUUUAUUAUGAUAUGAAGUACACAGUUGCUAAUCUAACAUUUUCAACCAUUGAGCCUGAUUCUAAACCAGAUAGUGACACAGCAUCCACAAUAUCAAGUGAGAGUGGAUCGAAUAAUUUAGGGGAUGAUGAUAGAAAUCAAACUUCUAAGAAGUCUGAGAUGACUCUCUUAGAUCUGUACUCAGGAUGCGGUGCAAUGUCUACUGGUUUAUGCAUGGGUGCUUCUUUAACUGGAGUGAAGCUUGUAACUAGGUGGGCUGUGGACUUCAAUUCUGAUGCAUGCCAAAGUCUCAAGUUGAACCAUCCUGAAACUGAGGUGAGAAACGAAGCAGCAGAGGAUUUUUUGUCAUUGUUGAAGGACUGGGAAAAAUUAUGCAAGGAGUUUAAAUUGCUUGAAUCACGUCAAUCUCAAGACCAAGACAUUUGCUUGGAAAGUGUUGAAGCAGAACUUGAUGAAAAUGCAAACAAUAAUAGUGACAUUGAUGAUAGCUCAAUGUCAUCUGAAGAAUUUGAAGUGCAAGAAUUACUUGCAAUUUGCCACGGUGAUCCUAACAAAGCAGGAUCAAAAGGAUUAUACUUUAAGGUUCGUUGGAAGGGUUAUGAUUCAGAUGAGGACACAUGGGAGCCCAUUGAUGGUUUAAGCACAUGCCCAGAUAAGUUAAAGGAGUUUGUCACAAAAGGUUACAAAAGGAAUAUGCUACCUCUUCCAGGGGAUGUUGAUUUCAUUUGUGGAGGACCACCAUGUCAAGGAGUAAGCGGUUUUAAUCGCUUUAGAGACAAGACAGCUCCUUUAAAAGACAUAAAAAAUAGUCAACUGUUAGUUUACAUGAGCAUUAUUGAGUAUUUGAAGCCAAAGUAUGUGUUAAUGGAAAAUGUCGUGGACAUUUUAAAGUUUUCUGAGGCGUUUUUGGGACGAUACGCGUUAGGUCGUCUUGUUUCCAUGAAUUAUCAAGCUAGAUUGGGCAUGAUGGCUGCUGGUUCUUAUGGUCUACCACAAUUUCGAAUGCGGGUUUUCUUAUGGGGUGCUCAGCCUUCAGAGAAAUUACCUCAGUAUCCUUUGCCAACUCAUGAAGUGGUUGAGAGAGGAGUUGUCCCAACUGAAUUUGAGGAAGUUCUUGUUGGCUAUAAUAAAAACCAGCAACGUCAUUUGGAAAAGGCUCUUUAUCUUGAAGAUGCAAUUUCUGAUCUCCCUCCGGUUGAGAAUGAUGAAAGCCAAGAUGAAAGGCCAUAUGGGACAUUACCUCGUACAGAAUUUCAGAAGUAUAUAAGAUUGAAAAGAAGUGAUGUGGUAGGUUAUGAAAAUUCUUCUGCUCAAAGUCCACAAAAAGCUAUGUUAUAUGAUCAUCGACCUUUGCAGUUGAAUCAAGAUGAUUAUGAGAGAGUGUGCCAAAUACCAAAAAAAAAGGGUGCAAAUUUUAGAGAUUUACCUGGUUUACUAAUUGGUCCAGACAAUGUAGUUUCUCGGGAUCCAGCAGUAGAGAGUAUCCAAGUUUCCUCGGGGAAGCUAUUGGUACCAGAAUAUGCUCUAAACUAUGUUCGUGGGAAGUCGACCAAGCCAUUUGGUCGAACAUGGUGGGAUGAAACUAUUGGAACUGUAGUAACGAGGGCGGAGCCUCACAAUCAGGUGAUUAUUCAUCCGGAACAAGAUCGAGUGCUUUCUGUACGCGAACUAGCACGAUUGCAAGGGUUUCCAGAUUUUUAUAAAUUAAGUGGACCUAUCAAACAGAGGUAUAUGCAAGUAGGGAAUGCAGUUGCUGUUCCAGUGGGCAUUGCCUUAGGUUAUACAUUGGGCUUGGCUAGUCAAGGAUUAUCUGAUGAUCAACCUCUAACAACUCUCCCAUUCAGAUUUCCAAAGUGUAUGUCAUCAUCUAAAUGCGUGGAAAGAUAGUCGAAGGAUUUGGUAUGAUGUAUCUCUAUUUCGAGUCUCGUUUUAGACAAGUGUAAUUUAAUUAGAAACCAUUGUUUUUUUAGUAUCAACGUUCAUUCUGAAUUUAGAACACAAUGUAGUAUUUGUUGUGUUCAAUUUAUGUGACUAGACUUGCAAUUAAAUGCAAUAUUGACUGA